CAAACUCAAAGACACAUAGGGUGACUGCAUGAAGAAAAGACUGCAGCCAAGAGAGUGAUUCUCUUUUCCUAAGGUAUUCUGAGAUUGGACAACUCAGCAGAGUUGAUAGCAUGAAUCCUGUCCUUUCCAUCUCUCUGCCCCUAAUAUUUGCCUUGACUUUGGGGCAAAGUCUGGCUCUUUGUAUCCCUGUUGACUAUGUCAUCCAUGUGGAGAAGAGAGAAUGCGGCUACUGCUUAGCUAUCAACACCACCAUCUGUGAAGGAUUCUGCAUGACCUGGGACAGUAAUGUUAAGAAGCUACUGCCCCGGAGACCGAGUGCCCUAUCCCAGGAUGUGUGUACAUACAAGGACCUGGUGUACAGGACCGUGAUGAUACCUGGCUGUCAACACCAUGCUGUCUCUUACUAUUCCUAUCCUGUGGCAGUGAGUUGCAAAUGUGGAAAAUGCAACACUGAUUACAGUGACUGUGUGCAGGAGGCAAGUGGCGCUGGUUAUUGUGCAAUGUUUUAGAAAGGGUGUCAAACUGGCAGCCCAUGGGCUGGAUGUGUCACGCGCAGGCCACGCCCACCCCAGCUCCACAAUGGCAAAAAACAUCGUGCUACAUCAUAAUAUGUCAUGUGAUGCGAUUAAGUUUGACACCCAUGUUUUAGAAGCUACAUAACCUCUGAGGUCUUGGUUCUCUGUAUCUUUCAUGCACAGCAACAGCUAAAGAGCAGCAACAGCAAAAAUAAAUAAGUUGGCUAGCAUAUCCAUGAAUUUGAUCUGUCCAAUUAUUCAAUGACAGAACAGUAAAAUAUAAUAGACUGCUCAUUUUUGUGACUUUCUUUUUUCUUAGGUUUCACAGGCAAAAAAGAUUCAAGAAUAAAAACAACCGCUUUUUCUUUACUACAGGUCAGAGCAAAGACUCCAUGGAAUGAAGUCUUAAGUUCUGCUUUCUGACCGGAAAAAUUAGAGUUAACCUUUUCCUAUCUCGAUCUUCAAUGACCAAGAACUUAACAUUUAAAUAAAAUUUUAAAAUAACGUAUACUAAAAUCCUUAAAGAAAAAAAGUCCUGUCCAUUUGAAAUGUAAUCCUUAGCAUGCUGCAGAAAGCUCAAUGCAAUCCUCAGAAGAACAAAAUGCAUAUACAUAGAUUGUUGUUGCACUGGUUUGAGCAUUUUUAUUGUAGUAGAGUAAGUGCAGGGACAUAACACUGUUUGUAUUGUCCUUGGUGCAAUGUAUAUAGUGUCCUGAAAUCAACAUAUAGUUCUUUAGGAAGAAUGACACCCCCACACUCUUGAGCUUUCUCAGACAAGCUCAGUGAUAAUGUACAAAUAUAAUAAUGAUCUAUAACAGCUAGAAUGUAAAGUCUGUUAAGAAAAAAAUGCUUAGGUUACUGUAUAAUCAACAAUAUAAAUAGGCUUUAAAUUUUCAGCUUCCAGUUAAGUUACACUUGAUUCUUUUUAUAGUAAUUUUAUUAAAUAUUAUAAUUAAAAAUAUAAACACUAAUACAAACUAAAAAACAAAAUAGAAAAAUAGAAAAGAAAAAAUAAAGAAAAAGAUAAAGAAAUGAAUUCCUCCAUCACAAAUAUAAAUUUUGUAACUUAUUACCUUCUCUUGAAAUGAAAUAACUGAUGCCUACUUCCCAUAUCUUAUUUAUAAACAAAUUCUUAAAACUUCAUUUUUUUGUCCUGAUCAAGUCCAUUGAUAACUAUCUAUUUUAAACUUGAUAAAAUAAAUCAACUUUAUAUUUUUCCUUUUACUUAACAAUCUUGCUCUUUAACAUUCAAAUAGUGUCUUAGAACUUGGGUUUUUUUCUUACCCUUCUCACAAGUCUUCAAAACUGUUAACAAUAAUCUUUUGUAAAUCCAAUAUAGGAAAGUUAUUGACAUCAUUAUUUGGGUUUGUUAUUUGUAUAUCCUCUUUAAUCAUAAAGACAACAGCUGGUUUCAGUUGUAUAUCUAGGGUGGCAUCUUUUUCCACAUAAUUCUUGUAGUCUGUCAUUUUUAAAUCCACUUUCAAAUCAGUCUUAGUCUUUUCCAGUAAAGAUUGUUCCUCUUACAUCUUUUAAACAAGUCUAUCUAUAAUACAAGCACCCCUACUUCUAAGCUUCUGGGUACAUUACUCACAAAUAUCCUUUAACAUGAUCAAAGUAAAAGUAUUUGGCUCCAUUCUGUAAUAUUUAAAUAUUAAUCUUUAAUUGUAAUCUUCAGUUCCUUCUGGUUCCCUCUAGUGUACAACCUUCAAAAUCCUAUAGUUUUUGUAAAAGAAUUCAAAACAGCAGCAUUUUCCCAUGGGAAGGAUUCUUAUUUCAAACUUUUAUUUCAAAUCCAUCCCGACCUUUAGUAUGUUUGUAACUUUCAAAAAACAAUGUUUUAAUCACCUUUUCGCUGAUUACUAAAAAAAAAUAAUUUUUAAAAAGUCCUUAAACUUGUAUUUAAAAAUUCUUUCACUAAGAAUUGAAAGAAAUUCACCUGAUGUUAUAAAACAUAUUGUUUCAAAGGUUCCUAAUAGCUGAAAAGCAGAUAACUAUUUCCAAAAGUGAUUAGAAAACAAAUUAUACAAAUCCUGUGUUCAUAAAAGAGUCUAAUGCGGUUUGGGCUAAGAUAGUGUUUCCUUGUCUCCGAGCUCAAAACUCUCAAUAUAAUGCUCUUGCUGUCUCCACACAAGGAACAACUGCCUAGAGCACUUGUGGAUGAUCCCAAGUCUUCCUUGUCCAAAAAGGAAUUGCAAAGAGCUGGUCCGCUCACUGGCCCUUCAUUCUUCAGCAGUCAUUAGCUCUGCUCUUAGCGGAGCUGCCUUUGGUUCACCAUUUCUUCCCUGAAGUCUUAAAUUAUACUUGAUUUUAAAUGGCACAUUUUCCAUUUUUUAUUAAUGGCUUAUAAAUUUUUAAAUAAUAAAUUUAAGGAACUAAUUUACUUUUUUGAUAAUAUUUGGAUUGCUUAAAUUAUUUUGAAUUACGUUACCACAGGAACCAGAUUCUUUACUAGGUAAAGUUAAAAACAUAAUCUAUAAAAAUUCAUACAUCUUUGUUCCCAAUUAAGUGAGUGAGACACUAGCAGAUAUACAGCAAGUGGGUUAAAUUAGCAGCAAGUGGAAAGACAGCAAAUGGGUUAAAUUAGCAGCAUCUAUGGAACUCCAGGAAACUAAAUGCCUAAUUCAUUUUUCAACAGUUCAGCAAAGAUUUGGCCCCACAGAUAGUUCUUUCUUUUCCUGUUCUACUCAUAUAUACAAAACAUUUUCCUAGAUACUUCUUCAACUGUCUAUUUAUCCAAAGUACCGUAUUUUUCUGUGUAUAAAAUACUAUUUUUUCUUGCAAACACAAAAAUCAAGUGCAGCAUCUUAUACAUGGAAAAAUAAUGGUAACCUCUGCAGCCUAGGGCAGUGAUGGCGAACCUUUUAGAGAUCGAGUGCCGAAACUGCAACCCACAACCCACUUAUGCAUCGUCGGGUGCUGGGUGGG